AUGCCUUUUCGACGCGAUAUGAAAUGUACGAAUUGCAAUAGACAUGGGCAUACUGCAGCGCGUUGCUGGGGCAAGGACGUGAAUGGGCGCCGACCUGCACCGCCAGAUGGGUUUCGUGACUUUACUUGCUUGCUUUCGACUUCCACUCCAGAAAAGAGGGCUGCAAACGCAAGGUCAUGGCUUGUCGAUUCCGGUUGCAGCGCUCACAUUACGUUUGAUCGCUCUUUGUUCGUUACGUAUGAACAGAUGCAAUCUGGAUCAGUCGAGAUGGGCACGAAGGCUAGAGCUAAUGUCGCUGGUCGCGGCGAGGUAGAAUUCAUGUUGAACGUCAACGGUAGUCCCCAUCCUUGUAAAUUGUCAAACGUUUUGCAUGUCCCUGAUUUCGGAUAUUCGCUACUGUCUGUUAGCCAAAUGGUUUCGAAGGGUUUGCAAGUGUCAUUUGAAAAUGAGAAAUGCCGCGUUACUGCAGGACCAAUUGUAGUUGCUACAGCGAGUCAAGUUGGGGAUUUGUACAUACUUGACGUCAUGAAUGAAACCUUUUCUGCUCACGUAGUUACCCUGCAGACGCUACAUGAACGCAUGGCCCAUGUUAAUGUACAAGGAAUCGCAUCAAUGAUUCACAAUAAUGUGGUAAGUGGCAUCAACUCUGACAACCACUCUCCCAUUUGUCCUGCGUGUGUGUUUGGCAAAGCAACGCGAUCAGUAAUCCCAAAACAGCGAUCAUGGUCUCGAGCACAGAACUGUCUUGACUUGGUACAUUCUGACGUUUGCGGUCCGCUCGAAGUACAGUCAGUUGGUGGCUCGAGAUACUUCAUUACAUUUGUAGAUGAUCACUCGAACUGGGUAGUUGUGUACACGAUGAGAAAUAAAUCUGAGGCGUUUGCAAAAUACAAGUUGUAUGAAAAGUUGGCUCAAACCCACACUGGUCGCAAAGUAAAGGUGCUUCGCACUGAUCGAGGGGGAGAGUACUUGUCGACGGAAUUCAAGUCGCAUUUAGAUUUAAACGGUACGCAGCACCAACUCACAACGGCGUACACCCCUGAACAAAACGGUGUUGCUGAACGUUUAAAUCGAACUUUGAUUGAUCUUGUCCGCUCAAUGCUUUCUCAUAAACAGGUCAGUAAGCGAUUCUGGGCCGAGGCUCUUGCCACUUCGGUAUAUGUACGUAAUCGAGUUACUUCACGCGCUUUGCCCGUUAAUACAACUCCGUAUAGAAAGGUCAGCGGGGCAGAGGGAAGAAGGAUGGUUGAAGGUUGCUGGUGGUUGACGGGAAAAGAAGUUGAUGCCAUUUUACUCUUGGUCGCCAACUAUUGGCGCUACUUAUACUCUUCGAACUACAUACAAUACGAGCCAUUAGGGCUGGUCACGUGA